AUGGAUGACUGUGAGACGCUACGGCAGAAAAAAGAGAAAUGCUUUGCCAAAAAUGGAGAGAAAGCCGAGAAAUGCCGGGUGUUCAAGUUGAAGGAGAAGAGAUGUCUUGCGUUCCGACAUUGUCCUGUAGAAGCCAUACCGUACUAUGGAACGCUGGAUGCCGAAAAGGCAAUGUGUGGAGCUUUUGAGGAGGCUUUUUGUUUUGGCAAUCCACGGAUCAUGGGAAUUGAUUCCGCCAAGGAAAAGGAAAACAAUGUCAAAAUUUACAAAUACCAUCAACGAGCACUUGGCAAGAUUGGAGGCAAUCGUCAGAAAUUUCGCCAAUGUAAAUCUAUUUCAAGUGCACUGAGCAAGUGCUUACGUCAAGCAGCAAGCUAA